AUGAAAAGUGUUCUCAAGUAAAUAGCUAAAUCUAUUAAUCAGUUAAUCAAAAUAGCCUGUAAUGCUCCAUGCAUCCAACAGUAUAAAUAAAAUUGCAAAAAACGAUUUUACAGUAAAAGAUUGUGACAUACCAAAAAUUAAUAAGAUUCCAACAUCAAAGAGGAUUCAGACUAAACCAAAAGAAAAUGCUGUCAGUGAAUACAAUGUAAUCACAAGAUGCGUGACCGAAUAAAGAAAAAGCUCUGGUAUACUUAUUUUUUUAUUAGUCACGGAAAAUAGUAUUAGUGAAUUUAAAGAAUAAAACAAGAUUCCUUCUUAUUGUCUGAAAUGGUUGAACUAUAAAUAUCAAAAGAAAGUAAAAACCUCAUUUACAUAGGAAUUUCUGCAAUUAGAGUAGCAAUUUUAAAAAAUUCUAUAAAUUAAGCCUGAGAAAGAUAUUGUUCAUCAAAUAGAACGAGAUCUUUCAAGAACAAUCAAGGCAGAGAACUACCAUAAAGAAAUAAAAAAUAUUCUGACUGCUUAUUCUGUUUACGAUCCCAAUAUUGGAUAUGUCUAGGGAAUGAAUUACAUUGUUUCAAUUCUAUUCAAUCAUGCAAAAUAAGAGUGGAUAACCUUUUGGCUUUUUGUCAAUUUAAUAGAAUAAAUGGAAAUUCGAGAUAUUUUUUAAUUAUCGCUUAAUGCUAUCAACAAAUACUCAAAAAUUUUGGAUUUUCUUUUGAAUAAAUUUGUACCUAAAAUUUAUCAAAAUUUAUCUUUAAAAUAAGUAAAUACUGAAUUAUUCAUAUAAUAAUGGCUACUUAGUUUACUAUUGUAGUUUAUUCCAUUUGAAUAUACUUAAGUUUAUUUGGAUGGAUUAUUCAAAUAAGGAAUAUCAUAUUUUUAUACAAUAGCAUUAACAAUCAUCAAGGCAUUUGAUAAAGCAAUCCAAGAAGAGGAUUAAAUCGAAAUCUUAAUUUUGUUAACUUCAAAAUAAUAUGUAAGAUGAUUUACAAAUAUAAUUAGAGUUAAUUGAAAUGGCAAUCCAUUUUUGUAUACUAAUGGGACAUCAAUCCAGGCUAAUUGAGAGUGCUAUUAGAUUGUUUUGAUAGUGACACCAAUUCUUUUCAAAAACCUAAAUUCUAAACGCAUUGCUCAUAGCUUACAACAAACUUCUUCCAAUUUAUUAAAAAUAGUUGA